UACAAUGACAGUUUCCCAAAUUUAAAGCUUUUGCAAUUGGUACACUGGUAUCUCUGUGCCGCUGCUGGACACAUUCCGUCUGGACAAUCACAUGUGCCAGUCAUGGUCAAUGACCAACGACACUGGGCUUUCGUUGAUAAUCACUCCAGUGGGAAUAUCAUGAGCCUUGAAAUGGCCAGUUGGAUUGGUCUUUCCAUCCAUGGGGAUGGAGUAAAUUUCAGGAUGAUAGACGGUACUGUUGAGCGCUCACUGGGUCAUGUAUGGGUCGACUGCUCUCUUAUUACCACCACCAAAACUUCGAAGCAACACAGGUUCCACAUCUUUGCAACCCCUAUCAAGCCAUUGAUUAUCGGCGGCCCAUUUCUGUACGACAGUGGCAUUCUUAUAGCAUCACCCAGCGCAUCAAUAAAGGCCUUGGAUCUCAGUAAUGAAAUGGAUCUCUUGUCCCACACUACAGAUUGUGUGACGCACCAGUACCCCAUGUAUUUGAUCUGGGUAGAGGCCGAGGCCCUCCAGAUUUCUGCUGAAGCCAUAGCAGUUGCAGAUACCGGUGCGAACGCGGAUUUGAUGUCACUCGCAUUCGCUCGAGAGAAGGGGUUUCCAGUCCAACCGGUACGAGAACUCGAAGGCGUCAUUAUGACCGCCAACGGCAAAAUUAUUCGUUCCAAAGGUAUCAUCAUAGCGACCGUUUGUUUUUCAAAUCACCAUGCUCAUCCCUUUGCACCUCUGCGCUGCCGUUUUGUCGUCAUUGAGAAUUUGCCAUUCGACGUCGUCUUAGGGAGGAGUUUCGUGAAUCAGCAAAACCUUCUCAGAAAGUCCAAAUCCCAACUGUAUCAUCACAUGGCAUUCGAACAACAACACACCUGCUGUUCUGUGGAGGAGCUCAGCAAGAUGAAAAAGUGGCUUGCAGGUGCUAAAGGAUUGGAUAAGCCGGCGGGUAAAACCCUCUUGAACGAGAUAGAGAAAAAUAUAAAUGAAUGCGAGAAGAUAUACAAAGAGUGGGAACAAUACGAAGUGGAUGGUUCAAUAGCAGUAGCAGCUCAGCUUGAUUAUCGAGACGCAUGGAACAUUUAUGAGCGGAACAAGCAAAGGUGGGAAGCAACUCCCUAUAAGCAAUUUGUCUCCGCUUCGAACGCUAGGCAGAGUGGUUUUACCCGUCUUGAUGAGCGAUACCGAAUACAGUCAGCGAGGGAGUCAAUGGAUAGCUUGCCAAACGGUCAACCAAGUAGAUCUCUUAGAUCUCCCACUCCACAACCUCCCUCGGCCCUAGAGGCCCCUCUGCCCCCACAACCUCCCAUGCCCGGCGGUUCAUCGGAACCAGCAAGAAGUCCAAAUGCUAUAAGAGGAUUUCGCAUAUCGCGCAUUCCACGACUUCAUUUACCCAAUGGACCUUCGGAACAACCAAGGCGUCCAAGUGCUGCAGGCACGGCACACACGUCUCCCAUUCCACAGCCUCCUUUGCCAAACGGGUCUCCGGAACAACCAAGAGGCCAAAAUGCUGCGAACUCACUAUCCACAUCUUCUAUACCACAACUUCGCUCGCCCGCUAGCACCAGGAGACGACUGUUUUUCCUCUUUAGAGAUAACUCUCAGCCGAGGAAAAAAGACUCGUAGCAGAUUUCCAUUAAAAAGUCCUAUUGAAUGUUCACAGGAGCCGGUUGAUAGAGACUUUUUAAACAUUCC